GAGUCAUUCAACUUGUUUGAUGGAUACUGAUUUUGCUAGAAAUGCCUGAAAGUAAUAUGGAGGUGAAUCUGAAUCGGGGGGGGAUUUCGGCAGACGCUGGCAAGCGGCCGGGUUGGGUUGCGAAGCCGAGCACGUUUAAGGACAACAAAUGGGUACACACAUCGCGCACGCUAUACAUUACCAAUGUUGCACCGGGGACAGGGUCCGAGGAGCUGGAAGGGCUGUUCAGGCAUCUUGAUGGAUUCCUUGCGUUUCGGCGGGUCCGGAGCAUGUGUUUCGUGGACUUCAGCACAAAGCAGCAGGCUACGUCUGCUAUGUGGCAAACACAUGGUCACAAGUUCAAACCCUCAGACGAAGGGCUACUUGUGAGCUAUGAUAAAGAUGAUACGGAGGAGCGGGGGGGAUGGAGCAUACGGAAACGAGAGGAAAACAAGAGGAAGAGAAAAGAGGUGGAGUCGACGAGGGUGCUCUACCGAUGCUCCGCAUGUGGGCACUUCUGUUUUAAACUGGCGCGCAUUCUGUCGGAGAUGCCAGAGAGGAAGACAGACAAUUCGCGGGUCGUGGAGGUCGGGAAGGACUUGUGCUCGCUAGUGUGCGCAAAGGGCGGAACGAAGCUCCUUAAGAGGGACAAGGGGGUUGAGAAGCAGUACAGAUAUAACUGUGAACUCUGUGACCUAUGUGUUGGGUACCGCCCUGUUCCRUACGAAAUGGCGACGAAAUAUAUUUACAUUUUCCCAGAGGCUGUGAAGGCAACGACGGUCUCGGAGACGGAAGAUCGAGCGAGUGAUGAACAGUCACCCACCAGGGGUAGUACUGAACAGGCAGAAACUGGUGUCGGCGAGGCAAAGGGCCUGCUUCCCAAACCUGUUCUAUUGCUCCCAAUGACGAGUGUUCCAGCGGCUGCUCCAGGAUUGUCACACCCAUGCUCACUUCUUUCGUCAGCGUCCACACAAAUGCCACCACCUCCUCCUUCUCAAGCGACAGUUGCUGUGGCUCCCACUCUCCCUGGCAUUCCACAGCUGCUGUGUUCUUCAUCUGCCAGAAGUGCAGAGGUUCAAACUCCUCCAGUCACAUUGACUGCUCCAUCUCCUGGCAGUAUGUCUGUCACUGGCAAUAACUCUCCUCCGCCCGCUGCCUGCUCCAGUGUCACGGCUAAUGAGCCUCCCUAGAGUAUACAACGUCCUGACUGAAGUGAAGGCCUACCGUCAUUGGAUGCAUCUGACCCUUGAGGCUGACCGGAUGCAUCACCGUGCAACGUGGAGGCUCGGCAGGAAGCACUGUUCACCAGUGAGCUGCAGUUUCAGCCUUUUGCUUCCAUGGACGAAUCUGACCGUGUUUCCGGCUAGAUUCCCCCGAACAAAAAAUGGGGUGGUUCUAAGUAGGGUGGCAACUUCUUGCCUCCGCCGGCUUACAAAUUGUGGGAGCAGAUAUUACUGGGAAUGCAUGCUGCUCUGUGUCCAGGUUCAUUGUAUCAUCAGAAUAAAAAAAAGGGAUGCAUGCUAAGCAAGAGAUGUGGCAGAGCUGCAACUAGGAUGCAAUGCACUUGGACUAAUGUAUAUAAUGUAGUCGAUGUGCUGCUUCGAAAAAAAAAAAGAAGAAGCGAUGGUUAGGAGCAAAAAAACAGGGUGGAGGAGAAGGAGAGGGAGGAGGGAAAAGGGGAGGAGAAGCAAGAGGAAGAAAAAAGGAAGAAGAGAAGAGAAAGGAGGAGAGGAGGAAGAGGGAAGGAGGGGAAGAAAAGUGGAGAAAGAAGAAGCAGGAGGAGGAAGAGAGAAAGGAGGCAUAAGAAAUGUGGUCCAUGUGGUGUCUGCCUAAGCAGCUGAAGCAGCUGAUUUAUGUCCAGGUUCACUGUAUCAUUGGAAGAAUAUGCAUGCAUGCAACCCUCACUGUCAUGUGGAAGGGGUUUUGUUGGAGGAUGCAUGUCACCGUGGUCCACUCUGUUCUAAGAAGGAUACCCUUUUGCCCUCUGUUACGGACGGGUGGGGGGGGGGAGACGGGGGGGUUAGUGGCGUGGCAUUUGGUUGUUCUCCCCAUUGUAAAUGGAAUGCAGGGAAGGAUUUCCGGAAGCUGAGAAGGAAGGUGCUUCUCCAUUUUUUUUUAAUUUUAAUUGGGUCCUACACCUUAUGAGACUCCCUCCCAACCUUCUUCUCUCAUCACCCCUACUCCCACAGUCCUACCUCAGUGUUUACCACUCAGGUGUUUCAUGGAGAAAGGAAAGGAAGAGAGAAGAGGUAGUGUACUUCACAUAGGAAAGCCAAGCAUCAGUACUGGAGAGUAGGCCUAACAGACCCAUCCUGUUGUUCGUUACACCCCUUUUGCAGAGCAUAAGCAUUAAGUUCAUGUUUAUCUGGUUGAUUCACUGAAAACAGAAUGUGGCUUCGGAGUCGAUGCCCUUGUUUUUGUUUUUUUUUGGCUGCUUGUUAUUUUGUAAUAUACGACGAUCCAUGUUUUCAUCUGGGGCCACAUCCCACUUACUCGGAUUCUUCAUUUUGGCCAUUGAUUUUCCUAAUCUACCUUAAGAAAUGUAUUACCAGUGUUUCACCCGAAUUCGC